AAAGAUGAAAACAGAGUGGUUUUUGGGAGAUUCUUGGCUUUCUAAACUCAAACUUGGUUGUAGGCUGUCCGCUUAACGGUGGCGACACAUGUCUCAAAGUGAAACAGUAUCUGUGUGGUUUUAAAGCAGAGUGUUGAUGGACAGUGUGUUCAGUGGGCGCUUGCCCUCUCCUCUGCUCUGCUGUUGCACUGGACGGGGCUGGUCCUCUGCCUGGGACUCUGUGUGGCGAUUGGAGAUUCCAGGCCGGGCCCCGGAGCCUCCCCCCUCUGACACACUUUCAGCGCUGCACCACCAGCAUGACUUUCAUUGCUUUCCAAGGGCGGGUGGUGCACCUUCAGGAAAAAAACAAACAAAUAUGGAGGCCGUAGGAGUGCAAGUGUACAGACCCUGCUCAUUUGACCGUCUCCCGUCGGACCAGCACGGCUCCUCCAAGCCCCCGCUGAGCUCCUCGGCCAUGACAUCACGCAUCCUACUGAGGCAACAGCUGAUGCGGGAGCAGCUUCAGGAGCAGGAGCGGCGAGAGCAGCAGAGACAACAGGCCUCCCAGUACCCACAAACCACGGCGGCCCAGACCCCUGCCAUCAAUGUCAGUGUCUCGGCCAGUUUACCGCCUGCUGCACAGGUGCCAAUGGAGGUGCUCAAGGUCCAGACUCACCUGGAGAACCCAACAAAAUACCACAUCCAGCGCUCACAGCAGCAGCAGGUGAAGCGGUACCUGGGAAAGCUUGGCUCUCAGGUGUUGAGCUUGCCCUGCCCCAACCAGUCCUCUGACCACGGGGGCAUGCCGCCAGGGCCGGGCAACAGCGCCCCCAACAGCCCUAUGGCCUUACUGACGUUGAACGCUAACUGCGAGAAAGAGAUGGAUGAUGUCAUUGAUGACAUUAUUAGUCUGGAGUCCAGUUACAGUGAUGAUAUCCUCGGCCUGAUGGACCCAGGACUUCAGAUGGCUAACACGAUCCCUGUGCCUGCUAACCUCAUGGACAUGUAUGGUAAUCAGGGUAUGUCCCAGCAAGGUCUGCCCAUUAGCAACUCCUGCCCUGCCAACCUGCCCAACAUCAAAAGGGAAUACUCUGUUUCACAAUCCCCGGCCAUCAUGCAUAUGCUGGAUAAGUCUGGAUCCUGUGGCAAAUUUGACAACUAUCAAAGGCCUGAAGGGUUCCCCGUGGAAGCUGAGGUAAGAGCAAUGGCAAAAGAAAGACAGAAGAAGGACAACCACAACUUGAUUGAGAGAAGAAGACGGUUUAACAUCAACGAUCGAAUCAAGGAAUUGGGAACUUUAAUUCCAAAAUCGAAUGACCCGGACAUGCGCUGGAACAAAGGCACCAUCCUGAAGGCGUCGGUAGACUACAUCAGGAAGCUACAGCGGGAGCAGCAGCGAGCCAAGGAGCUUGAGAAUCGCCAGAAGAAGCUUGAGCAUGCCAAUCGACAUCUGAUGUUGAGGAUACAGGAAUUGGAAAUGCAGGCACGGGCUCACGGUCUUACUGUCGGAUCCUCAACACUCUGCACUUCUGAACAUGGGGCCCGGAACAUUAAGCAAGAGACCGCUUUGGAGGACUGUCACCAGGACCUGUACGCGCUCCACCCCCAUCACCAACACCACCCCGCCUGCACUCCAGAACAACCCGGCACCCUGGAGCUAAACGAAGCCCAAACUAACUUCCAGGAGGGCCACUACAGCGUUCACAGCAAGCCGGGCAAACUCAACGACAUCCUCAUGGAAGACACCUUAUCACCGGUGAGAGGGGGGGACCCUUUGCUCUCCUCCAUCUCCCCAGAUGCCUCAAAGGACAGCAGUCGCAAGAGCAGUGUAAGCAUGGAUGAGAAUGAGCAGGGCUGUUAGCACCCCCUACUGGAAGACACCUCGCCUGCAUCUCCAGCCCCUCCAUCCUGCUGCAAGUGUUCCUGUCAGUAGCUAACACACUCCCUGCUGCUGGAGAGGCUUUGUCUUGUUCGUGUUAUUUGUGUCUGUUGUGUUUUUUUUUCUUCCCCACCCGUGUUUACAUGUACUGAAUCUUUUCCAUUCAUGUUUUUUUUUGUUUUGUUUUUUGUUAUAUCCUUGUCUUUUCAACCUUGAUUUCAAGGACUGAUUAUAAAGUAUGUUUGCUUUAAUCAAUACUUUGAUGACAAUGAGUUACAAAAAUAGAAGUUUUUAUAUUUAAAAAAAAAUGCAUUUAUCUUUGGAUAGAGGCUAGAUUAUGUUUAUUUCUAUUGAUUCCAAAGAAUCUAGGGAAGUUAUAAAUCAUGGUCAGAAGUGUAGAUAUUUUGUGGUGAGAUGAACACUGCUUUUUAAAUCACUAGCAAUAAUAGAAGAAAGAAUAUUUAUUACUAUAGUGCUUUACACUCCUUGUGUCUUAGAUUAUACUUGAAUGUGUCAAUGCCUUAUUAAGAUGUGUAUACAUCAAUGUUGUAUUGCUAUGCACAUGUUUUGGCUGUUAGCUGAGUCUUUGUCAGUCUUCCAGUUGAAAUUUCUUCCUUGACAAUAUUAAUCAUUUAUAUAUUUGAUCUUAUUUAUGUAUCUAUGUAAACAGGACUUUAUGUACACAUUCCCCAAGAAAGAUUAAUUUAUAACAAGUUAUUUCAAAGAGCCUUUUUGAAAUAACUGAGAUAAUAAUGAAUAAAAGCACGUUAAAAAAGAUGAAGCUAAAAUGUCUCCUUUAAGAGAAUUAAAAUGAACAAAAUCAACAUUGAUAAUGGCUAAUUUUAGUCCUUUAUUCUGUGUCACAAUGAGCAAGAAAGCAGCAAAACAAUCCAGUAAAAAGAGAGAAAGGUCAAGUUUCACCAAAUAAAUGCAUCCUUUAACCAUCCGGUGCUGUCUACUCAGCAGGGUGUACAAGAUAUAUUACCACUGUACAUUUCUCUUUGCCAAAACCACUGAAAUACUUAAAUUUAGCAAAGAAUUAAAUGAAAAUGUUUUAAUCUCUAGUCUCAAAACUAGUAGGAACUUAGCUCAAAUCAAAAUUAAAGACCCUGUUGUAGCCCUGACACGCACAAGAAGCUGAUUUCACUUGAUAGAUCAGAUUGUCCAUCCAUUUCCUAAAUUAUUGUUUUUUUACACCACUGCGGUGACAUUUCACAUUCAGUAUGUUUUUUUUCCAUUAUGUGAACAUUUAUAUUGCCAAGGAGUAUAAGGAGACUGCUUUGGGAUUUUGUAUGAAAUGCAUGACAUUGUCAAAACACUGGAAUGACCUCUGUAAAUUGAAACAUGGUUUGUUCGCCUUUUUUAUCUAAGCAUAAACUAACUAUUGUAUUUGGCUUUUGAAAUGCAUACAGAAUAUUGUAUGAGAUUGUAGAUUCUUUAUGGUGUACGGUUGUUGUAUAUUUCAGCAGUUUGUUUUCAGCAGUUGUAGCACAUUGCAUAAAUAUGCCUUUGUUAAAUAACUACCUGCCAUACAUCGAGAGCCCUGUUACAGCACAGCCUCCAUUUUGUUAAACUAUGCAAUGGUUGAAGUUGUGCCUGCAGAGCAGCAUCAUGUCUUGAUAAUGUGAUCUCCUUAUGAAUUAGUCUAAAACAGUAUCAAAGUAAUUGUCUUUUUAAUUGAUUUAAGUGCCUUACAGUCGUUUCUGUUUCCUCAGUGAUGUAACAGGAGUUGUAGACAAUGAUGCAACAUUUUGUUGAUGUUUAUACUGGUGUAUGGUGCUUCAUGGAUUAACUGAUGAGUGCCAAGGUAUAUUAGAGAGCAGUAGGAAAUGGCCUUUUGUCAGUACAAGAUAACACUUUUAGCCUCUCAGACUCAAGAGCCACUAGAAAGUGUUUAUUAUGGAACCCCAACAUGUUCAGUAUUAAAUAAACAAAGAAGGCAUUAUGAAUUAAACAGAGUAAAAUAUAUAAUCCAAUACAUUUGAAAUAAUAUAAUAAAUUAUGAAAACCCAUCCUUAUUAUUAAAUGUUAUUUCAUCAUUUUUGUUUUCAUAUUAAGUGCUUUUUUAUUUAUUUUAACUUUACUUCUGUACAGAUUUUUUUUAUUUCAAAGUGCCCUUUUUUCAUAAGUAUGUUAAUUUAAUUCCAUAAUGGCAUUUUUACCAAUGACUAUUUCAUUUCAAAAUUGUCUCCAUGCCCUCACCCCUGAGGCAAUCACUGAGUCCCCACUACAGGUUUAACAACAGAUGCCAAUGCUAGACUAAUACUGACUACCUGCAGCAGCAACCAAAUACAGAGUACACGCACAGCAACUAACCUCUAUUUUUGGAUAGGAUUUUGGAUUAUUACUCAGCAUCUAAGCGAAGAGCUUCGUUCAUUCAGAGUUAUCUUGGAAAUGUUUCUAAAGUUAUUCCUCAGAGAAAGACAGUUGAUUAUGUGAAGAGUGAGAACAUAAAUCUGUGUGGUGGUUGUAGCCAACAGGAGCUAGGCAGCUGGCUGGCUGUGUUGAGCCUGCUGAGGAGGAGACAUGUGAAACUCCUCUCAUAAAAAAUAACAUUUUUAAAAUGACAUUGGGGAAAGUGCAAUGGUAUGAAAAUAAGAAUGAUGAAACAACAUUUCAUUGUAAUGAGUUUAGUUUUAAUUAUUUAUAAUAUGAUUGCGUUGGCAGCGUGACGUGGCUUUAUGGCAAUGUCAGUUGCUCCAGACCAAAAUAUCUCAAGAAUGAAUUAGAUGGAUUGCCAUUUAAUAUUGUAGAGACAUUAGGUGCCCAGUGGAUCCUUAUUACUUUGGUGAUCCCCUGACCUUUUAUCUAGUGCCACCAGCAGGUUGACAUUUUUUACUUCUAGUGAAAUGUCUUGACAACUAUUGCACAGUGACAUUUGGUUAAGACAUUUAUGUCACCGUCAGGAUAAAUUGUAAUUAAUGAUCCAUAAACUUUUCAAUUAGUGGCAUCAUCAGGUCAUAAUUUCAGUUUCUCUGAUACUUUUCCAAAUAUGAUUUAUGACCAAAAACCUGCAAAACUAAUGACAUUCCCAUCAGCCUCGACUGUACUCUGUUUGGUGCUAAUCAGCAAAUAUUAAACUCUAAACCCCUGCUUAGCAUCAGAUUGUUAAGAUUGUGACUGUGAGCAUGUUAGCAUGCUGAUGUUAGCUCAACAGAGGAGCUAGCAUAGCUGUAGACUCUUAGUCUUUAUAUUAUAUUUUGCUUGUUUAUUCAUAUGUUUCACAAUAUCUUAUUUAUUAUUUAAUACUGAACACUUCGGGGUAGGUGUGCAUUUUGUUUUAUCUUUAUUAAAGUUAAAUAUCAUACUGAAGGCAGUGUUUCCAAAGUUGUACUGAAUAUUCAGCAUCAUUAUGAGACUAUGAAUGUAGUUUAAAGUGAUGACUGCCAAAAUGUGUUGCCAAAAUAAAAUAUACAAUAAGUUUAUGAAUUGCCAUUUUAACAGCUGAGCUAAUGCACCUCUGUUAGUGGUAUUUUUCAUCCAUAGUUACAAGCAAUAUCUAAAAACAUGAUGGCAACCAGGCCGUAAGUAAACCACCAACGGGUGAAGUAUAUUGUGAAAGUUCAUUCCUGCAACACUAGUGUGACAAAAAGAAAAAUAAGUUCUACUUGGUAACAGUUUUUCCAGCUUUCAACUGCAUCUCACAGUCCUUCUCAGCAGAUGGAGAUAGCUCAGCUGUCAUUAUGUGACACUGAAGUAGUAUGGAACCUCUCUUGUUAAGACCAUGAGACGUGGUUAAAAGCCUGGAACAAGCUAGUAAGUGGACCUUGAGUUGAAUUUAGUAUUUUUGUCAUAGCUGAAUUACAGCUUCAGUGGAAUGCAGAAUGACUUCAAUCCCACAUACUGAGCCUUAAUAGUGCAAUACACACAGGCCUGUAGCAUUGCCCUUCGACUGAACCCAGAUCAGCUUUUUUUUUUAGUGGAAAAGAUAAAUCAUCUAAACCCUGAAAUGUGACUGGUUAGAAUGAACAUUGGUAUCACACGUGGUAGCGGUGGCACUUAAUUUAAAGCCAUCACUAUGACUGAUUUCUCAUAAUGAAUCUUCCAGCUGUUAAUUAUUAUGGCACAUUAUGGGUAAACCACUAAUGAAGAAUCAUCUCUUCUGCUCAUUCCUGUGGUUCACACAGACAAUGUUUUCUGCUGAUGUUGCUACUGUUCUUAUUGUUACAGUUUAUAUAAGAUGAAUGUAGCAAUAGUUACUGUACGCACUGGUUUCAGAUUAGUGAAUUCAAACUCAUUGGUACUCAAUGUGGAAACUAUCUUGUGAGAAAUAUUAAAAGUUUUAUUUGAA